AUGAAUUUUUAAUAAUUCUGACUGUUUCAUGUUUUUAUAGACAAGACUUACUUGUCUUAAAAUAGGACAUUAGGAGACUUUUGGAUAGUCUUUUGGAAGAGAAUAAGCGAGAAUAAGAGGAUGAGAGGGGUCAAGCUAAAGUUUACCCGCUACCUGAUGGGGUGCAGUUGCUCUCGCUGGUCCUGCUGGUCCCAUUGGAGGACCUGGCUUACCGUAGUGGUCGUCAUUACCUACUGUAUAGUCCUGUUGGUGGUGCUGCCACUGAUGAUAUACGGACUGUAUGCUGUCGAUGCCGAGGCUACCUUUAGUGCCUGGUUUAUUGGCGGUCUUUUCACUCUCCUUACCAUCCCUAUCUUCCUGGCCAAUUUGUUACAGCAUCUUUACAAUUAUACACAGCCUCAUUUGCAAGCUUACAUAGUGAGGGUGAUAUGGAUGGUGCCUGUGUAUUCAAUCGACAGUUGGUUAGGUCUCAGAUUUCCUGAUUUCGCUAUUCAUUGGUCAAUUGUUAGAGAAUGUUACGAAUCUUACGCUCUCUACAAUUUUCUUGUUUAUCUUCUAAAUUUCAUGGAGAGUGAGUAUGAUUUGACAGAAGUGAUGGAACCACGUCCGCCAGUGAAGCACCUGAUCCCUUGCUGCUGCUGCAAGCCAUGGCCUGGAGGAAGACGGUUCAUAAGAUGGAAUAAGGUGGCUGUUCUUCAGUAUGCUAUACUUCGUCCAAUUCUAACAGUUAUUGCUUUGAUUACUCAGUUGGCUGGUGUUUAUGAUGAAGGCAAAAUAAAACCUGAUGGUUCGUACGUAUACAUAUCAGUAAUGAAUGCCAUCAGUCAAGGACUGGCGCUAUACAGUUUAGCUUAUUUCUAUAAGGGAACCCGGGAUUUACUGAAACCUUUGAAUCCUCUACUGAAGUUCACGGCGAUAAAAUUGAUCAUUGUCCUUACGUUUUGGCAAGCUGUUAUUAUAGCUAUUUUAGUAAAAGCUAAUGUCAUUAAGCAGAGUGAAGCAUUAGCUAAGUAUGGAUUCAAGGAUGUUGCAGUCAGUAUGCAGGAUUUCCUCAUUUGCAUUGAGAUGCUUGCAUUCGCUAUUGCCUUCUACUUCUUCUUCUCUCACAAACCUUACAUCGACCGAGCGGCUGCGCAAGUCCCUUGCCUCCAUUCUUGUUUCAAGAUGGUGGACGUGAGAGACAUUUACGGGGACAUCAAAGAGAACUUUGUCGACCCGAUCCCAGUCCCUCGUAUUCCGAAUCGGUUACCGGGACGAUGGAACCGGGUAAGAGAGGGACCGGAAGAAAGAGAGGACGUACCUCUAUUAAAUACUGAGCUACAGACAGAACUAAAGAAGAAAGAGGAAGACAAUAACAGAAACAGAGCAGCCCUCGAGAGAGAAGGGAGAGGAAUGGAUAGCUUAAUGAUUGUAUCAAUGAGAGAAGUUCCUGUAGAGGCUACUCCUAAUAAUGGAAUCAGGCUGUCUCCAGUACAUCAGUCUGAUCAUGAAGAUGAAACUAAUUCUUGUACAUCAACUAGCUCUUCUCACUCCUCCUUUUCAUCAGACUCUAAUGUUCGUGAGCGUAGACAAGUCUCUGAUCCUGCUGAUGGAUCACAAUGAAGUAAUGUAGCUUAGAGUGCAUGGAUACAUGUAUUAUUAUUAUUAUUAUUAUUAUUAUUAUUAUUAUUAUUAUUAUUAUUAUUAUUAUUACUAUUAUUAUUAUUAAUAUUAUUAUUAUUACUAUAAUUGUAAUUUUUCUGUGGCCCUGAUUGCCACUUUUAUAAAUGUAUAUUAAAUUUUGUAUGUGAACUUAUACCAUUUUGUCACAGCCGCAUAUUAGCAUUAUCAUAUCUGAUCUAAAUAAUUACUUUAAAUGAGCUGCUAAAAAACUUUUUUCUAAAAAAAAACAAAAACUAACUUCAACAGAAUUAAUGACAAUAUAUAAAAAAGUAAAAGUCCUAAUAUCAAAAAAGUCCUAAGUUUGUUGUCCGAUGUCCGAUAUCCACAGUCCAUA